AUGAGUCUUGCGUCGUCAAAUAGCACUCCGUGCGACUCAUAUUGGGCAGUAGACGACUUCACCGUGUGUGGAAGGCAGUUGGUGGAGAGCUGGGUGUCAGUGCCGUUGGCUUUGUCCGCUCUGGUAGUGGCUUUCAAUUUGCUGCGAAACUUCCUUGCUUCACGAAAAGCAGAGCCAUAUUCGAAACUAGACGCGGAACAACAACCAUUGCUGCAGAAUGGCCGUGCAUUGUAUACCUCCUCGACCGAGUCCGGGACCACCGACAUCUCUCAGAGGCAUUUCGACAUAGCAUUGCUCAAACCUAUCAAGGAUGAUGGCAAGCCCAUUGGUGUCGUCCGCAUAGUUUACCGCGACACCGCGGAGAAAUUGAAGGUUGCUUUUGAAGAGGUUCUCCUGGUAUCACAAACCGUUCUUGCAUUUCUCGCAUUGUCCCGUCUUGAGGACUUUUCAGAGUCUCGUUUCCCGCUUGUGAAAUACAUUAAUUUUUCGUUGUGGUUCUAUUUGACGGUAAUAACCUCUGCUAGACUUCUGAAUGUCUCGAAGGGUUUUUCCGCAAACAUAGUGGACCUCUGGUACCAUUGUGCUGCCCUCUACAAUCUACAAUGGUUUAAUUCGGCAAUGCUAUUCCGCUCAGCACUCUUACACCACGUGUCUGGGUCGUAUGGGUACUGGUUUUACGUUGCCCAAUUUGUCAUUAAUACGCUCCUGUGCCUCACGAACGGUCUUGAGAGACUGUCAGAUAAACCCGCAAUCGUGUACGAGGAGGAAGGUGUGACGCCUUCUCCAGAGACGACCUCGUCCUUGAUAGACAUCAUAACGUAUGGCUAUCUCGACAAAAUGGUGUUCUCUUCAUACUGGAAACCAAUCACCAUGGACGAAGUUUGGGGGCUGCGUUACGACGAUUACUCUCACGAUGUGCUGGUCAGAUUCCACAAACUGAAAAGUUCUGCUAGAUUCACCCUCCGCCUUUUCCUGCAAUUUAAAAAAGAACUAGCGUUGCAAACACUGUGCACCUCUUUCGAUGCGAUUUUGACUUUUGUGCCCACUCUGUGUCUCAAAAAAAUCUUGGAGUACAUCGAAUCUCCGCAUACCAAAUCCAGGAGCAUGGCGUGGUUCUAUGUGCUCAUCAUGUUUGGGUCUGGGGUUAUUGCGUGCUCAUUUUCGGGAAGAGGUUUGUUCUUGGGCAGAAGAAUCUGUACGCGUAUGCGGUCGAUUUUGAUUGGCGAAAUUUAUUCUAAGGCUCUGAGAAGACGGCUCGGCUCGACAGACAAAGAGAAGACCACCGAAGAAGAGAACGAUAAGUCGGCCAAGCCCAAGAAAGAAGACGAGUCUUCGAAUAAGGAACUGGGUGGUAUUAUCAACUUGAUGUCUGUGGACGCCUUCAAAGUGUCUGAGAUCGGUGGCUACCUUCACUAUUUUCCUAACUCGUUUGUGAUGGCUGCUGUUGCUAUCUACCUGUUGUACAAGCUUCUUGGCUGGCCCUCCCUUAUAGGAUCAUCUACGCUCAUAGGCAUCCUGCCUAUUAAUUACAUGCUAGUGCAAAAGAUCAGCCAGUACCAGCAGCAGAUGCUUAUGGUGACCGACAGGCGAAUCCAGAAGACAAAUGAGACCUUUCAGAACAUCAGAAUCAUCAAAUACUUUGCCUGGGAGGACAAAUUUGCGGACACCAUCAUGAAGAUCAGAGAGGAGGAACUCAGUCAUUUGGUUGGUAGAUCUAUCGCUUGGGCGCUCUUGAUUUUUCUUUGGCUCGUGGUGCCUACUGUCGUCACGCUGAUCACCUUCUUUGUCUACACUGUUAUCCAGGGGAACGCUCUGACGUCACCGAUCGCGUUCACGGCGCUUGCGUUGUUCACGUUACUGAGAGGUCCUGUGGACGCACUGGCUGACAUGUUGUCCAUGGCUAUGCAAUGCAAGGUUUCUCUGGACAGGGUGGAAGAAUUUCUGAACGAGCCCGAAACUACAAAAUACCAGCAACUGUCAGCUCCUAGAGGUCCAAACUCGCCUCUCAUUGGUUUCGAGAAUGCCACCUUCUACUGGAGCAAGAACAGCAAGGCUGAGUUUGCGCUCAGGGACCUCAAUGUGGACUUCAAGGUCGGCAAGCUGAAUGUGGUGGUUGGACCAACUGGUUCUGGUAAAAGCUCGCUACUGCUCGCUCUUCUUGGAGAGAUGGACCUUGACAAGGGUAAUGUUUUUCUACCGGGCGCCAUUCCUCGAGACGACCUCACGCCGAACCCUGUGACUGGUCUGACGGAGUCUGUGGCCUACUGCUCGCAGACGGCGUGGCUGCUGAACGCCACGGUGAAGGAGAACAUCAUUUUUGCGUCGCCGUUCAACCAAGAGAGAUACGAAGCCGUUAUCCAUGCCUGUGGACUCACGAGAGACCUCAGCAUUCUGGAGGCCGGCGACGAGACCGAAAUCGGCGAAAAGGGCAUCACGUUGUCGGGCGGACAGAAGCAGCGGGUGUCGCUGGCCAGAGCGCUGUACUCGUCUGCCUCGUACCUUCUGCUGGACGACUGUUUGUCGGCUGUUGACUCUCACACAGCGGUGCACAUUUACGAGAACUGUAUCAACGGAGAGCUGAUGAAGGGCAGAACCUGCAUUCUUGUGUCGCACAACGUCUCUCUCACGGUCAAGGAGGCCGACUUGGUGGUCAUGAUGGACAAUGGCCGCAUCAAGGCGCAAGGAAGCGUGGACGAGCUGAUGCAGGAGGGUCUGCUGAACGAGGAAGUGGUCAAGAGCGUCAUGCAGUCGCGAUCGGCAUCGACCGCCAAUUUGGCAGCGCUGGAUAACAAGUCACAGAUUUCGAGCGAGGCCAUUGCUGAAGGGCUUGCGAAGAAGACGCAGCAACCAGACCAGCGCAAGAAGUCGAAACUCAUCGAGGACGAGACCAAGUCCGACGGCUCUGUCAAAGCUGAGAUCUACUACGCUUACUUCAGGUACUUUGGCAAUGUGGCCCUGUGGAUCAUGAUAGCUAUCCUGUUCAUUGGCUCUCAGUCCGUCAACGUGUACCAGUCGUACUGGCUGAGACGCUGGUCGGCUGUGGAAGACAGGCGCGGCAUUGCUGCAUUAUCCCACGCCAAUGACAUGAGUCUGCUUAUCUUCCCUUCAUUCGACAGCAUCAACUGGCACAGGCCGCUCGUGAACUAUGUUUUGCAGCCGUUCGGACUGGCAGUGGAGGAGCGCGGCACCAUGUAUUAUAUUACCAUCUAUAGCCUGAUUGGUCUGGCGUUCGCGACGCUAGGGUCUAGCCGCGUGUUUCUGACGUUCAUGGGCGGUCUCAACGUGUCGAGAAAGAUCUUCAAGGAUUUGUUGGACAAGCUACUGCAUGCAAAACUGCGUUUCUUCGACCAGACCCCAAUCGGCCGUAUCAUGAACAGGUUCUCCAAGGACAUCGAGGCGAUCGACCAGGAGCUCGCGCUCUAUGCCGAAGAGUUUGUCACGCAGCUGAUUUCGUGCCUGUCGACGCUCGUUGUGGUUUGUGCCGUCACGCCGGCCUUCUUGGUGGCCGGCGUGCUGAUAUUGCUGGUCUAUUACGCCGUGGGCGCUCUCUACCUGGAGCUUUCGAGAGACCUGAAACGGUACGAGUCGAUCACCAAGUCGCCUAUUCACCAGCACUUCUCCGAGACGCUUGUUGGCAUGACCACGAUCAGAGCCUACGGAGACGAAAGACGGUUCCUAACACAGAACUUUGAGAAGAUAGACCUCAACAACCGUCCGUUCUGGUAUGUCUGGGUCAACAACAGGUGGCUGGCGUACAGGUCCGACAUGAUUGGCGCCUUCCUCAUCUUCUUCGCGGCAGCCUUUGCCGUGGCGUACUCAGACAAGAUCGAUGCCGGUCUGGCUGGUAUCUCGCUCUCGUUCGCCGUGUCCUUUAGAUACACAGCCGUCUGGGUGGUCAGAAUGUACGCCUACGUGGAGAUCAGCAUGAACUCUGUCGAGAGAGUGCAAGAGUACAUUGAACAGACUCCUCAGGAGCCGCCGGAAUACCUGCCGCAGGACCCAGUCAACUCGUGGCCGUCGAACGGCGUGAUCGACGUUCAGGACAUAUGCAUCAGGUACAGCCCGGAGCUACCGCGCGUGAUCGACAGCGUGUCGUUCCACGUGAACGCGGGCGAGAAGAUCGGGGUGGUGGGCCGCACGGGUGCUGGAAAAUCCACCAUCAUCACGAGCUUCUUCCGGUUUGUGGACCUCGAAAGCGGCAGCAUCAAGAUUGACGGCCUCGACAUCUCGAAAAUCGGUCUCAAGUCGCUGCGGAAGGGCCUCACCAUCAUCCCGCAGGACCCUACCCUGUUUUCGGGCACAAUCCGGUCGAACCUGGACAUUUUCGGCGAGUACGGCGAUCUCCAGAUGUUCGAGGCUCUUCGCCGUGUCAACCUCAUUUCGGUCGACGACUACCAGAGAAUCGUGGACGGCAACGGCGCCGCUGUCGCAGACGAGACCGCCCGGGCCCGUGGAGACAACGUGAACAAGUUCUUGGACUUGGACUCGACCGUCUCCGAGGGGGGCAGCAACCUGUCGCAGGGAGAGCGGCAGCUGCUGUGUCUCGCCCGUUCGAUCCUGAAAAUGCCAAAGAUCCUGAUGCUGGACGAGGCCACGGCGUCGAUCGACUACGAGUCGGACGCCAAGAUCCAGGCCACCAUCAGAGAGGAGUUCUCCACCAGCACUGUUCUCACGAUCGCGCACAGACUCAAGACCAUCAUCGACUACGACAAAAUUCUCUUGCUAGACCACGGCAAGGUCAAGGAGUACGACCAUCCUUACAAGCUCAUCACCAACAAAAAAUCCGACUUCCGGAAAAUGUGUCAGGAUACGGGCGAGUUCGACGAUCUGGUCAACCUCGCCAAGCAGGCAUAUAAGAAGUAA